AUGGCUGCAAUACACGUAAUGGGCAAGUUCCCCAUUGAGGAGGUGGUUUCCAGUUCGUAUAAAGGCUUCGUGAUGGAGCAGUUCCACCAGAUGCUGGACGCGCUGACCGAAAAACUCAUCGGGCGAAGGCCGAUCAUCGUUGCGGGAGACUUUAGCGCUUGGGCUGCGGAGUGGGGAGCAGAUGCACCAACGCCAGAGGAUACACCUUCGCUAUACGUCUUGAUUUUGGCGGUGAGUGUAGUGCAUGGAGAUUACACUUCACAUAUGAAGCCAAUAAUCGGCAGCAGUUAUAGCAAAAGUCCAUUGUUGCAUACUAGUUGGCCAUUGAAACACAACCUUGCCUCAACGGUAUUGAAACCGUACAUGGUUCAAUUGCGAAGUGGAAGUCGGCUGACUCCGGUUGCAGUCCGACCGGCGCCGGGUAUGAUGAUGAGUUUAAAGCGCCCAGUUAAAUCGGUUCUUAGCCCGACGUACCCGUUACUGAAGACACCGCAUAUGAAACGACCUAUCAUAGCUUCCCCCCAUACCUCAUACGUGUUGAACCUGAAUUUGAAACACAAACUCCACAGUUCUCCACCUGCACCCAAAACGGGAGGAAUAGUUUUUGAAAAACUAAAACCGCUAGUACCACAGUCAAGCGGACUCUUGACCUCCCCUAAGGAUGGCGCAAUCCAUACGAUUCCCGCCCCGAACCUGGCAGGCAGUCAAGGAAAUGCAGUUCAUCAACUACAAAUCACCUCAUUUGAGGACAAUAAUCAUUUGGAAAUCGAUAUACAUAAAGCGACGAAGCCGGUUUUGCCAACCAAGAGCACGUUUGCCCCUAAACCUACUUAUGCUGCCCUAUCGACGCCAUCGAUUACGACAUUCCGUCACCAAACGCCAUAUCUCCCAGUAACGGCGCACCAGUAUCAAGUCAAGGAGGAACACAACAAUGACUUAACACUAAAAGAUCCGCUAUCCGGAAAGAAAACAUAUUUUGCCCCCGACCCUGAUCCAUCUCUCCCUAACAGAACAUUAAAACCUACUCAAGAUCCUUUAAGCGAACCAAGUAACGGGAAAUAUCCGCCUGGAGACCUUUUGAUACAGGCUCAAAAUCAAGCCCAGUAUUUAUCUCAGUUCAACACGACACCUUUUAAACAGAAACCGUUUUAUGGAAUUGCUACAGCUGCCCCACAACCAGGUUACGGCAUUCCAUUGGCCUCACAACCACAACUUCAGCAACACAUUCUUCAACAAACAUCAAUGCUACAGGGAAUGCCAUUGUCUCUGUACAACCCAACGUAUCUCGUAACACAGUCUAAUAACCUGUUCAACAACCAUCAGCAACAGUUACAAACGAAUUUGUUCAAACCGGAGACUAACUUCCUCGGAACAGUUCCAGCACCGCAACCCGCGCCCGGCAAUAUUUUACUUAAUUCAUAUUCCUACAAACACCCAGAGCCGGCAGCCAGCGCAGGUCAAAUCCUUGCCGCAACGCAAGACCAACUGCACGAGCUCCAGUCUGCUGUAAGUCAGAUACAGUUAAAUGAUUUGCAACAACAACAAUCACAUGAUGUUCCAACGUACGCCCAGCUUGUUGGACACGAACAGCUAGCACUGCACCAACAACAAAUUCCUCAGCAAAACCAACUUGAGCAGCAAUUACAGCAGCAGCUUAUUCAGCAACAGGAGAAGGCCUCUCACAAUCAGCUUACCGAAAGUGAAAUUGCGAAUUUACUGAACUACGGUACCAUUAACCUACACAAUAAUUUAUCACCAAAUGACUACUACCACUACCAGGUAGAUCAGGAGCAGCAGAACGCUUUUCACCCACAACCCCAGCAAAAGCAGCAAUUAUCAUUCUACGAGCUCUCCGAACGCCAACGGGAAAACGAGCAAAUCCUUGCCCAAGCCCAACAAGAUCUGUUUCAACAGCAGCAGCAGCAGCAGCAGCAGCCAUCGCAGUCGCCUCAAACGACAGAUUACCUGCUCGCAUUUCAGGAACACCAGCAAGCCGUCGCGAACGCAUUGGGACUAGGUGGUGAUGCGCAAAAUAGUAAGAGGGCGACUGCCGAGUCCGAAACUGCCACAACCCCUCUUCGGAUAUUCGUUCCGGACAACGAGAGUGACUAUCCCAAUAGUGUCAAGGCCCAAAAGCGUAUGGAUGAACUGAAUUACGAAUAUCCGGAAGAUGACGAGGCAGUCAAUCCUUACAAUACGGAACCCAGUGCCAGGAAAAACGGCAUAAGCAGACUUGAUGCCGAUCAAUUGGAAGAAGCACCUAUCGGAGAUGACAAUACUAGUACCGUAAACAGUACAGUGAAGCUACUCUCGGGUUUGGCACUAGGAAUUUGCGAUUUAGAUUAUCUUCUCCCAUCAUGCAAAUUUACGGUGGAACAGGAAGUAGAGGGAAAACUAUCGUUAUUGGACCUGCUGAUUACCAGGAAAGAAGACAAUACCCUGAAGUUCAGCAUUUUUCGAAAACCAACGUCUACCGAUCGUUACAUUACUACGGACUCGAAUCACUUCGGGGCCCAAAAACAAGCAGCUUUUCAUUCUAUGGCGCAUCGUCUAGUCAACAUCCCCAUGGAGCAGGAAAAUUUUGCAGCGGAAAGGGAAAGGAUCCAGAAAGCUGCUGAAUUAAACGGGUACGACAAAAAGUUUGUGGAUAAAAUAAUCCGCAAACAUCUCCGCAAAAAACAGCGCCAUGAUACCACUACACUACAGCCUGAAAGAGAAGAAGUACAAAGAAUCAGCCUGCCGUUCUACCCGAAAGUAACAAACCACAUUAGAAAGGUACUUAAGCGGCAUGGUUUCCAUGUGGUCCACAAAAGCGGCAAUGCCUUACAGGAACUUUUGAAUAAUCAAAAGGACAAGGUUCCGCCUGACGAACGCUCAGGAAUUUAUGAAAUUCCGUGCCAGGAUUGCCCAGCGGUGUACAUCGGGCAAACGCGGAGAAAAUUCAAAAUUCGCCUAAAGGAACACAGAAAGGCAGUGGAGAACGAACGGCCCAACGACUCCAGUGUAGCCUUGCACUCAAUCUGCUCCAAACACAAUAUCAAUUGGGGAAACGCAAAGCUGCUCAAAAACGUGAGAGUCUUCUCAUUUGACUGCGUGGGAGUCGAUGUACAUCUGUACGGAGGACCGUCCCCUGAUGAAUGA